AUAAGCAAAGUAUAUGCCUUGUCCAUUCAUAGACCACUCAAACUCUCACACAUCUUCAUCAUCUUCUCUUUCUCACUCAUCUUCCCACCAUCAAAACCACUCAAAAAAACCACCAUGGAAAUCUCUUCAUCACCAUCAUCAGAAUUAUCUGAGAUCAUCGAACACGUGGUACUCUUCAACAUCAAAGAUCAAGAACAAGAUCAAGAUCCAUCAAAUGUCAAAGCUAUGAUCAACAAUCUCAACGGUUUAAAUUCACUUGAUUCUGUGCUAUACCUUACUUCUGGUCCUAUCCUCCGUACUAGAUCACUCCCUUCUUCUCUCAGAUUCACUCACAUGCUUCAUGCCCGUUACUCCACACGUGCUGACCUUUCUCACUACACGCUCUGUGACCAACACGUGUCAGUUGUUAACUCUUUUGUUAAACCCAUUUGUGAAGAUGUUAUGGCUGUGGAUUGGCCCGUUAAUCUAUCGGGUCCGACGGUUCCAAGACCCGGGUCGGGUAUGAGAUUUACUUUCUUUAAAGUUGAAACUGAAGAAGAAAAGGAAAAGUUAAUUGAGGGGUUAAAAAAAAUAAAAGAAAGUAUAGGGAGUUUUGCGCAAAUGAGUUAUGGAGAGAAUUUUUCAGAACGUGGGAAAGGAUUCAGUGUGGCGUCACUUGUGGUGUUCCCUGAUUUAAAUGAACUUGAUGCAAGUGAAGAGUAUGAAGAUAUGAUGAGAUUGUUGAUUGAUAAGAUUAAAGUUGAUGAUGAUCAAAUUAUAGGCGUUGAUUAUGUGGUUCCUCGUAUUACUCCUGUGAUUUUUGGUACAGAGUAGUCUGUCCGUACCAAAAUAUUUGUCCCAUUAUUUUAUUUUAUUUUUUUUGAAAUGGCCCAUUAUGGUUUGUUGGGCUAUGAAGUUUUUAGAAAGUAUGGGGUGAAUAUUUGGAGAAAGAAAAAUUGUAACUUUGAGGGUUUUUUUAAAAAAAAUAAUUUUUGUAAGUUUUUUUCCUUUUUGUUCAAUUUUUUUGGUGUAGCCUUUGGUUUA